GGUAAGGUCGUCGCUAUGGCUUCCCCAGCUGAAAAGAAACGAAAUGAGGAAGACCAAAGAGAAAAGCUGACACAACUUAAGAAACAACUACGUGAUAAGGACGAAGAACUGGUCAAUAUCAAGUUUGAACUCGAAUCUACAAAACAAUAUUUGAAAGAAAAAGAGGACGAGUUAAAGAAAAAGGGCUCAGAUGGAGUACAGGAAGAAGAGAAGAUAACGCAAUUUGAGAAAGAACUACGUGAUAAGAACAAAGAACUGGACAAUACCAAGUCUGAACUCGAAUCUACAAAUGACAAGUUAAAUCAACUUAGGAAACAAUUCGAUGACAAGGUCAAAGGACUGGAAGAAAUGAAGUCUAAGCUGCAUGCAGCAGAACUAUCAUUUGGAAAAAAAGUUGACGAGCUAAUGGCACUAAACAAAUCGUUUGCCGAGUGCAGUUCAAGAUGGAACGAGGAUUGUAAAAAGAAAGAACAAGCCGUUGAGGAAGCAAAACAACUGCGAGUGACAGAAGAAAAAGCUUACGAGGACAUACAGGGAUUACGGCGGGAGAAAGCUCGACUGCAGUGGCGACACGCUUUUCAACUGACAUGCGACCAGCAGUGGAAAUUUAGAGUUCGAGCUGUGGUCAGUGCUCAGUGCGAAGAAGUUAAGGGCCAACUGACCAGCAUGUCUCGUGAACAUGAGUCGGAGCGGAAACAUCUUCAGGAUCAGAUUGACAGUCAGAAUGUCCAGCUGUAUGUUGCUGGGAAGGGAUGGCAGACACAAGAAGCAAAGUUGACAGAUCGCAUUGAGCAGGCAGAAGUGGAGAAAGCAGAACUUGCAGAUAAAGUGACCCACUGUGAGCUGAAAUUGAAGGAACGGGAAGGUUCUGUGCAAAUAGCUAAAGCGUGGGUUCAGAGGCUCAGUGAACAAUGCGAGGCGAACGAGAAGAAUCUGGAGGAGCUCGCCCGGACCAAGACAACUCUCCGUGAGACUGAAGCACAAUACCUAGACAUCCUCGGAAAGUUGCAAAAUGAGCAACACGAUGCUGUUCAGCUGCGCCUGAAGCUUGACAGUGAGAGACGACUCAACGCCGCCUUGUCCAACACGGCCCAACGAGAAGCCGAGGACGACAGACAAGAACAGGAGAGGAUAGCCUUACUUAAAGAAGAGAUUGAUAGAGCGCAGCAGGCUUUGAGGGACGCAUAUCGGCGUAAUGAAGAGAAGUGUGAAAAACUGAAGAUGAAUGAAUCUGAAAAAAAGAAACUCGUGAUGCACUCACUGAAUCUCAGACGCCAGCUGGACGCCAUGACAGAGGACAAGGAGCGACUCCGAGUGAAAUGCAAUCACCUGGAAUCCGAGUUAGUUCAUUCACCGCAACAUUCAACUCCGAACAAUACAAACGGCGGAAAUGUUCCAGAUCCAGACCUAGCUGCAUACGCCCUGGACCAACUGUCACCUGUCCAUCACUCUACAGACUUCUGGACCCGACCGGAUGCAGACAGUACCAACUGACGGGCGUGUAUCAUGUGGUUUUACAACUUUUGAGGUACAAUCGAGCAUGCUCUCUCUAUGAAGAUUUCAAAAGCAUCAUGCGACUCUCACUCAAAAGUUGUUUAAUCAGGGUAACACCAUUCGAGGCCUUCAAAACGUUUUAUGGCAGCCAUGCGGAGGACAUUUGACGCAUCAGUGACAAAAAGUAUCUCCAUUACAAGACCCUAUUUUGACGAACCAAACGUUCCCAUGUUUUUUAGGUGAACCUUAGCUUAGCCUUUGCAUGUGUUUGUGACAGGUGCCACCGAUGGCUCAGGAUACACUUACCAUUUCGCGAACACCUGGUAUAUCCACCAUUUGAUUCAUAAACUCAUGGUCAUGGUAAAGCCAGAAUUGAACAAUCCUCUCUGUUUUUAGCAGAGAUGUUAAAUAAUUAUGGCAUGAAUUUUUGCGCUUUUAUGUACUUACAGAAUAACAUCAUAUUUCAUUCUUCGUAGUCGUCCUCAAUGUGUUAUUCAGAAAACAUACAAUUCCUGUUUUGUUAAAUAAAAGGUCCCGCUCAUUGUA